CCUCGUCCACCCCUCCUGCCGUUGUUCGAGUGGCAUACGAGCGUGUCCGGGUCGUGGUUCACGACCAGACGGCCUUACUUUAACUAAAUAGCAUCAUGGAGUCUUCGCCUCCAAGGAGCAGUUUGGCUGCUCCUGUGGCAGGUGUGAAGCGUCCCGCGGCCCUGUUGCCUGCCUUUGAGCCAUUGAGCUCCUCUCCCUCACUUCCUCGUCCACAGAAGCGUGUAGCACGCGACAAUCAUGGCAUUGUCUCGACUUACCCUACGCCGGUGCCGACCUCGUCGACCCAUAUCUUGUCCUCCUCCCCCCCGAGAAUGGCCCUGCCGCGAACGGCCUCACGGCGUACAUUUACUUCGUCCAGCUCCGAACGAACCCCUCUGUCUGCUGUCCCUACCAUAAUGCUUCCCGAGAGCGGGGAGCCCGUCCUGAUGGGAAGAUCCAGUGCCUCGUGCCAUCACCAGCUCGCGGCCAACCGUAUGAUAUCAAGGGUGCAUGUCAAGGCCACAUAUAAGCCCGCAGCUAAUCCCUUUGACCCUGACAGAGUGGAAAUCAUGUGCAUGGGAUGGAAUGGAAUCAAAUUGCAUUGUCAAGGGAAAACAUAUGAUUUGGCCAAGGGGAAGACGUUUACCUCGGAUAUCAAGGAUGCUGACAUCAUGAUUGAUGUUCAUGACGCCCGCGUGCUGGUCCAGUGGCCUCAAAGUGACCGAAAGGAUUAUGCCUCGACGGAUUCCGAGCAGACAUGGGAGGAGACUACGCCCAAACGUAAAGCACAGUCCCGUCGGAGUAUUCACGAAAGCCCCAAUGUGGAACGUCAGCGCUUGGCGUCUCCCGUCUCGCCGUCCCCUGCGGUCAAGUCUCUGGUGCCCCCAUCGUCGCCCAUAUAUACCCCAACACGCUCGCGGAAUUCUGUGGUUGUAUACGAAGACGACGCUUCGCCUAGCCGUCGCAACAGCACUGCUGAUGCAGAUCAGAAGUCAUCGUCCAUCGCUAGUGACAUUCUGCAGAGCUCGCAGUCCAGCGAGUUGAGCGAACUGAGCAAGCAAGAUGACUUCUCGGAUCAUGAUGAAGAAAAUGACCCCAUUGUUCAUUCCUUUGGACCAUUUGGUGACAAUCUGCUUCCUCGGAUGGCCUCAUUCACUGCAGAUGAGUCUCCACUCCGUCCUGCACGGCCCCGCAACCAGGUUGUCCAGCCUACCAAGUCCCCGAGACAACCAUCCAAGACCGUCGAGUCCACCGAGAGCACAGUAACCAAGCUGGAGCCGUUGAGCGAGAGCUUUGAACGUGUUCAGAACCAUGCCGCCAACCAAUUGGCGUUCUCUCGACUCUCGUCCACUCCAUUUUCGACGAUCUUGAAUAACCUCCCACCGUCCUUAUGGAGGCGGGACGGCCAUCACAAAGAGGGCCCCACGAAAGAAGAGAUCCGUGCCAUCCUGGACACGACCAAGUGCAUUGGAAAGGUGGCACGGGAAGGAAAGGAUGCCGCAGGAAAGCCUCUGGAAAGCGAGUACUAUUACAUUCCUGACUUUGAUGAGGACGACAUGCGACGCGAAGCGGUCGUACAUGAUCUCAGAAAGCCAGGCCUCCGCAACUGCCGCAAGCAGCAUAAGCAAUACUUCUGGCGCAAACCCAAAUAAACAAUAAAAAGUCAUUCGAUCCCUGCUAAUAUCUUGAUACGACCUUCUUGGAUUCUGAGUACAUAUUUGCAACGUUACCCUUUUCUUUCUUUCUUUCUUCAAGGACUCGCAUAGCGUGGCGUGGGCAUACCCUGUCGAUUUUU